CGCCGAGCUUGGCUUUACGCGCUUUGCUCUCCGCCACCUCCCCUCAGUCAGCGGCCGGGAUCAUGCUGCGGGUCUGUCAGCGCGCGGGGAGCACAGCCGCUCAGAACUGUCUGUGUCGUAAAAGUUCACUCCGUCCAUUACGUUUGUGUCGUGGAUAUGCUACAUCUGGAGAAUCUGGCAGUGUCUCUGCAGGCAAAAUCAUUGGUGCCAGUGUCUUGUUUCUUGGUGGAGGAGUAGGUGGAACUAUUUUAUAUGCUAACUACGAUCCCCGCUUCCGUGAAAAUGUAGAGAAGACCAUCCCUUAUUCCAGCAACUUCUUUGAAAUGGUACUGGGUCCUCCUUAUAGUAUUCCAACACCAAAGAAGCCAAUACAGCCAGGUCCACUAAAGAUCUCCUCUGUAGCAGAGGUAAUGAAAGAAUCUAAACAGCCUGCUGUCAGAUCUCCAAAGAGUAAAACAGAGGUACCAUCAGCUGCUAGUGAAGAAAAGGAAGUGUCAUCAGAAGUAGCUCAAAUAAUCUCAGCGACAGGUGAAGCUUUGUCAGUCCCAGCUCCAGGGAUGCAAAAGGAGGAACAUGACAAAAGUCAAAUGCAUCCUGAAGGAAAACACAAACCUCCUGACUUAGGCAAAGAACACAGCCGUGGAGAUUCUACUAUUGUAAAAGAGAGGCCGCCUGAGGAGGUUGCAGCUCGUCUUGCGCAGCAAGAUAAAGAGGAACAAAAGAGGAUUUUGGCACUUGCGUCAGCUUUAGAAAGUGCUCUGAGUAGCACUGCUCGUGUCACUUUGCAAGCAAUUACACUCCAGGAGGCUGCUGUGCAGUCUGUUAACCUUCAUGCUCAAAAACUAAAGGAGGCUAUGGAUAAUUCUGAGAGUACAAGUGACAAAAAGACAACUCAGUGGCGAACAUUGGAGGAAGCAUUGAAAGAUCGUAGGAAAGCUGUCGAUGAAGCUGCAGAUGUCCUUUUAAAAGCCAAAGAAGAACUGGAGAAAAUGAAAGGGGUGAUUGAUGGUGCCAAGAAGUCUCAGAUUCCUGGGGCCAAACCUCAUAUCCUGGCUGCAGAAGAGAACCUUCAUCAUAUGAUAGUUGACUUGGAUAGUGUGGUCAAAAAGGUGCAAGCAGCUCAGUCAGAGGCUAAAAUAGUAACUCAGUACCAUGAGCUUGUAGCUAAAGCAAGAGAAGAAUUUCAGAGAGAGCUGGAUAGUGUUACUCCAGAACUUCAGCCUGGUUGGAAGGGGCUAAAAAUAAGUGAUUUAGCUGGACGACUCACAGCGGAUGACUUGAACUCUCUCAUUGCUCACGCUCAUCGACGUAUAGAUCAACUCAAUAAAGAGCUGGUGGAGCUGAGAGUUCGAGAACAGCAACACAUUGAUACAGCUCUAGAAAAGCAGAAACUGGAAGACAAAAAAGCUUUUGAAUCAGCUGUGGCAAAGGCACUAGAACAUCAUAAGAACGAAAUCCAAAUUGAACAGGAGAAGAAGGUUGAAGAAGCCCAGGCAGUGAUGGAGAGUGAAAUGAGGACCCAACUCCGCCGGCAGGCUGCAGCGCAUUCUGAUCACUUAAGAGAUGUUCUCAGGAUCCAAGAGCAGGAACUCAAGCUGCAGUUUGACCAGAAUUUGUCAGAAAAACUCAGUGAUCAAGAAAUGCAAUAUAAACGCCUUACUCAGGAACAGCUUGACAACUUUACUCUGGACAUCAACACAGCCUAUGCCAGGCUGAGGGGAAUUGAGCAGGCAGUUGAAAGCCACGCAGUUGCUGAGGAAGAAGCCAGGAAGGCCCACCAGUUGUGGCUUUCUGUUGAAGCUCUAAAGCAAAGCAUGAAAACUGCUUCUGGGGAUAGCCCCACGGAGCCUCUGGAGGGUGCAGUGGAUGCUGUCCAAGCCAGCUGUUCUGACAAUGCAUUCACCCAGGCCUUAACGGCUGCACUUCCCCCAGAAUCGCUCAGUCGCGGAGUGUACACAGAAGAGGCCCUGAGGGCGCGGUUCCACACGGUCCAAAAACUAGCUAAGAGGGUGGCAUUGAUAGAUGAAACAAGAAACAGCUUGUAUCAGUACUUCCUGUCUUAUCUGCAGUCCCUUCUUGUGAUUCACCCUCAGCAGCUGAAGCCACCUUCUGAACUUGGCCCUGAAGACCUGGACACAUUUAAGUUGCUCUCUUAUGCAUCUUAUUGUAUUGAGCGUGGAGACCUGGAGCUGGCAGCUAAAUUUGUCAAUCAGCUGAAAGGAGAAUCUAGGAGGGUGGCACAGGACUGGCUGAAUGAAGCGCGGAUGACCCUAGAGACAAAGCAAGUGGUGGAUAUUCUCACUGCCUAUGCCAGUGCUGUGGGCUUGGGAACAACUCAGGUGGACUGAUGUAGGUCAGCUAUGCAAGACGACUGAAUCUUCAGAACUAGUCAGAUGAAGUGUAAGGUUUGUGGCGGUGCUAGGAAGGAAAUUGGAGGCUAGUUCUGAAGCAUUUCCAAACCACACCAGUCUUGGUUGUCACUGGGUAAGAAGUGGGGUUCUAUCUUCUAGUACUCUUCUAAAGCUUACCUUCUGUUGCAUUUGUGUCACCCUUUUUUCAGCCAUUUAUCAUGUCUGGAAUGGUUUUUGUUUUGUUUUUUUGCAAUUCACAUAACAAAAUUUAUGUUUCCAGGUAUUAUUGAUUAGGCUUGUGAGCCAACCAAAAUAAUGUUUAUAACCUCUAUUACUGAUUUGCCACUUGGUGCAAUUAAAUAAAUGAUGUUUUA